AUGGGCAAAAAGGCAGCUGGAAAGAAGAAAGGGAAGAAGGGCAAAGGGCCUAGCAAGAAAUCAUGGGCUCCCACGACUGCACAGCGAGCGGUCGUGAGGGAAGCUGCGGAGGUUCGAGUGAGGCAACUAGUCAUCGCUGCGCCGGUUCAAGGGGGAGACGACGAUGAUGGUGAUGGUCUGAGUAGGGCGCUGACCACCGAGGUGGAGGAGUUGUGCCGAGAUCACGACAUUUCGGUGAACUUGCGGACCGAGGCCUUGCGACGGUGGACCCUCCUACAGGUUGCGGUCCGCAAUGGCAACUUACCUUUGGUGAAGCUGAUGAUGGAGCACUUGGGAGGCGAUGCGUCUCUGAAGGACGAUGGGACAAGUCCAUUGGGGGGCCAACCGGAGAAGGUGCUGCCCAAGGCCAAGGCAAAGGGGAAGGCAAAGGCAAAGGCGAAGGAGACGGCUAAGAAAGGGAAGGAUGAUGGAAAGAAGGGGAAAGGGGAUGCGAAAAAGGCCAAUGUGAGCGCCAAGGCCCAAGAGAGGGAGGAGCUUAUAAGGUUGCUGUACCGGCCACCACCCCCUGCUGCCUCGGGAGGCAACUGUCUCCAUAUAGCCGUCCAAUACAACCACAUUGAGGUGUUGAAAUACUUGGUGAAGAAGGCCAUUGAGUCGGGCUACCGCGAGGUCCUCAAUGACAAGACUACAGCUGGUCGUAGACAGACCCCACUGGUCAUGGCAUCAGCCCUAGGCAGAGUAGCUGCAGUGAAGGUCCUGGUGGAUGGUCAGGGAGACCGUGCCGAUGCAAUAAGCGCUGCCGAUGCAUUGGGGCGAUCAGCAGCCUGGUAUUCAGUGGCGAUGGGGUGGAAGGGCAUGCUGAGUAAGGCCGGCGGGUCUGGGGUCGUUGAAGGCAAUACAAGGGUCAUCUCAGCCCAUCUCACUGAGCACUCGAAGCCCCAAGCGCUCUUGUCCGACCAGGCCCUCACGGACGGCAACAGCCUGCAUGCUCUCCGUUGGGCGGCUCAGGAUGACCAUGUUGAUGCAGUGGGUCGCACUGGUCGUUAUGGGGGGUCUUCUGAGAAGCCAACCUCGUAG